AAAACGCAUGCGUCGCGACGCGUCGCAAUGAAAAACUAGCAUCGAAGGGUAGGAAAAUCCCACCAGUCUGUGUGAUUUUUCCCAACAAACAAUCCACACCUUUUAAAUCACAUUUAAGACACUUUUUUCUAAUACCCCAAAAGUCUCUUGUACCACCUUCAGACAUUUCGUGAAAUUGUGCUUGGUAUUGCUGGAAGAAAAAGUGCUCCCCAUUUGGAUCUCACGCAGAAGACGACAAAGAUAUUGAGAUAAAUCACAAGGAAUUUUAAAGUGGACGAAGAGUGCCCAAUGAUGGCGUGCAUUGGAGACUGUUAUGAUCUUGGUCCACCCCCAGACAUGAUACUAUCAAUGCCUCCUCCACCUCUACCCUCCUUCCUCCUUCCCAGAAGCGCAAUAGUCUCCCUCACGGGGAAUGAUUCUCAACCCUGCUUUGCGGCUUUUAUGUGUGAUCCCUCCCCUGGACCAAGAGAACACUCUGGAAUUGAAUUCAUCGAACUCAGUCACAAGAAUAUGGGUGUUGAGGAUACUUGGCUCUUUGUUCUGAUUUCCUCAUGCGUCGGUGUCCUGCUUCUGGGUGCCAUCCUUGCCAUGAUUCUCAUGAAAUGUAGAGAGUCCUACAAUUACUCCUACCAUGAUACAACAAAACCACCAAUGCCUGUGAUUGGUGAACCACAUUUGACCCCAGCCAAGCCUCAUGGAAGCUACUUGACUGGGACUAUGUUCUACCCAAGUCCAAAUGCAUCUCAUACACUGCAGCAGCAAUUAGCUCAUGACAAUCGUGUUCUGUGGGCUGCUCUAACGCCCCAUGGUACUCGUCAUUUUGUCACAGAUCCUUAUCAGGAAGAUCACUACGAAGUUGUGGAUUAUUCUGUGGGAAAACCCGAUCCUCCGGCUCAUCAUACCAUCAAUCGGACACCCGUGAAGUCCUCGUUUGAUAAUUCUGGCUUUGUGGACUACGACUAUGAAGAUCCAACACCGCUCAUUGAAUCCUACCACAAUAAUCUCGAUGAAAUAGACAUGGACUCAGGGUAUCAGGAGCCGCAGGAGGUCGUUGGGACACUAUCCCGUGGCUCACCAAGACCCCAUGUGAGCUCCCCAACGCGAAUUGAACAUCCUAACAUUGCUCCACUCAAUCUCUAUCCACACCAUCGCAGCACCCACAACACCCUCAACAAGAAAUCUACUUUAAGUCGCCGAAUUAGUGAUGUUUCAACCCCAUAUGGGGGGAAUGUGUAAAUCCCACCGAAAAGCUUGAUGAACCAAAAUAACUCUACAAUUCCAUAUCAAAAGCUAAAUCAGCAUUUUGCUAAAGAAUCAAUCAAGAGGAUCAGGAUUACCUGAGCACGAUGAUUUUGUUCUUGGAGAUAUCUGGUGCAAAAUGCAGAUAACACUAUUUCUCACGUUAAAGCUAAACCACUGCCCUGGUGGUAAUCCUAUUUAGUCAAUAGAAAUGCUUACAAUAGCUCACAGAUACUCACGUUUCUUCCGGAAAUUCCCGGACAUCCUAUCGUCGCAGUUUGAUUCUCGACGAACAUUAUUCUUGCUUGCAGGAAAUCCUGAUGAAAAACAAAAGUAGUUACUCAUAUUGUCAGAUAAUCAUCUAACCACUAAAAAAAAUCGCUAUAAAUUUUAAGAUUAAAAUAUAAGCAACUAAUAUUAAGAAUAUUAUUUUAAUCAUGUCGGAAGAUUGCUGUGCAUCUUCCAAGGAUGAGCUCAAUCUAGUCACUAGAAUUUAAGUGUAGUCGUUGUCAGAGAAUUGAUAUUGACGUAAUCAUUAUCUUACCAAUUAAUGAUACCAACGUACAUUUUAAUUACAACCAAUUUCUUUUGGUCGGGACCUUUGGAGAGUAACCCAGCUCGAAGAAGCCAUUGACGCAGCUUUCCCAUUGAUCUCACACGUAGUACAAUAUUGUGACUAUGUACAUAUUUAUAUUGUAUUUUUACUCCCUGUACUCCCACGGUGGAGAUUAUGAUUAAGAACAUUAUGAAACAAAUAAAUUUGUGUUGUAAAACAA